AUGGAGCCCAGUGGAACAUUCGUCCCUUUCUUCCUCCUCCCACACCUCUUCUUCUCGCUGGCCGCCGCCGGCCGCUGCACGCCGGCGCUCGGCGCCGGCACCCACCUCGUGGACCUCAACUCCGGCGGGCUCGAGCGCCGCUUUUUGCUCGACGUGCCUGCUGGCGUGGAUGUGGGAGCCGGCCUGCCGGCUCUCAUCUCCAUGCACGGCUACUCUGCCAGCCCGUACUACUACUCGCUGCUUACGGGGACGGCGCGCUACAAUGAGGACCAGCACUACGACGAGCGACACCCGACCGCCGCCGGUUCCUUUGAGUAUCUGCAGCGCGGCUACAAGUGGCUCGUUGCCUUGCCGUUCGGCACCGCUGAGAAGCCUUCGCCGCACUGCUGUCCGGCCAACGCCAGCGACGCGGCCUGCCGCGGCGGCACGCUCCUCGACCAGUCCAACCCGUGCAGCUGGAACGCGGGCGGCUGCUGCGGAACGGCGCCGGACCGCCGCGUCGACGACGUGGGGUUCGUGAGAGCCAUCGCGUCUUGGCUCAAGUCGGCCAUGUGCGCAGACGACGACCUCUUUGCGAUGGGCUUCUCGAACGGCGCGAUGAUGGCCAACCGCCUCGGCUGCGAUGCCGCGGACCUAUUCCGCGGCAUCGCUCCGGUCGAGGGCGGCAUCGAGCUCGGAGGCGGCUUUACAGAGUGCCGGCCCUCGCGUGCUGUCUCGGUGGUGCAGAUCUGCGGGGCUGCCGACGGCGUGUGCAACACGACCAUCGGGCCGACGAUGGCAACUUGGGCCGUGGCGGCGGGGUGCGCCCUUUCGACCACCCCGACAUACGAGAGCGCAACCAGCCACUGCCGCCGGUACGUGGGCUGCGCCGCCGGGGCGUUCGUCGAGUGGUGCAUGGUCGACGGGCUCGCCCACGAGUUUUCAGGCCACCUCCGCCCCGGCAGCACGGCCCGCCCGCCCGAGAAGGACUUUGGGUACCAGCCGGCGACCAACAUCGACGGCUUCCGCUACGUCAUGAACCGCUUUUCGACGCUGCUCAAGCCGAAGCGGCCCCACAGUACAUCUCGGGGAGGCAGCUGCGACCCCGCCGAGUGGACGGCCGACGAGAACUGGAAGUCCAAGGACCCAAAGGCGCUCGCGCACGAGAUCGCCACCUUUAUGGGCGGAGAGUGGCCCACGAGGCCGGUGCGCAAGGUCCAGCUCGCGGCGGACGGCGUGCCUACGGGCGACGAGGAGCUCUUUGAGAUGACGAUGCUCAACCCGACUCUACUGUCAGAGAUGUCGCUCAAGACGCGCUUCCUGUUCCUGGAGGUGUACCUGGAGGACCUGCAGGACGUGUACUCCGAGGUGAUGGAGACCCUCAAGGGCGACAAGGUGACGUACGACAGCCUGCGCAAGUUCAAGCACCUCGCAAUCUCGCUCGCCUUCAACGCGGUCUCGGACGUCUGCCAGCAAGCCUUUGACAAGACCGACUUUGACCCCUUCCCGGAGGUGGCGCCCGACGAGCGGCCGGGCUGCGUGUGCCCGCUCGACGUCAAGGCCUUCACGCAGCAGACCGCUGCCGCCGUCGCCCUCGUCAAGAUGAUGGUCGAUGCCGAGGGAGAGCUGCCGCCGGCUGCCGAGCCGCGCAUCGUCCGUGUCGAGAAGAAGUUCUACUACGACGACAUCUGAGUGUGCGUGUGCGUGCUGGCAUGGUGGCAUGCGCCGGGGAGAGGAGGGCGAGGGGAGCAGCGGGCAAGGUGGGAGGUCCCCUUCCCGCGGAUGCGGUCGGGAACGCAAAACCAGCUGGCCGGGUCGGCGGUGGUGGCGGUGGUGUCGCUCGACUCAGCCACCGGACGCGCGCCGAGCCGAGCCUCUUGGGUCGCACUCCGCUCUCGAUGUGUGGACGAUGAUGAUGUCUUGGGCGCUUUGAUUCCCCACCCAUGCUGUGUGUCGCCUCCUCUUGCGAUUGCUCCUUGAGUGUAAUAAGUUUCAUGAAUCCAGCAU